UGUAGAUUUUCAGUAGCCUACUUGCAUUUGUAACACUGACCGGUAAUCAUUAACUUAUCGGAUACUGUAUAGUCAAAAUGACUAAAUAUAUGUAUAUACAGAAUUUUUUAUAGGUUGCCCUUAAACACGUAAUUUGUUAGGGUAUGCCUGAUGCAUUUAGUAGCACAGCCCAGAGUUGUUUUGAUUGAAUAUGGAUAACGUUAUAUUUUUUUUUUGUGUAGAAGUUUUUACGGGGCUCAUCUUUGCUAUGAACUAAUGUAAAUGGAUGUAAUUUAACGAUCCGUAAAGUAAGCGCCAUGUGCAUCGUCUAUUUGGUUGCGUUUUUAUUUAGCCUAACAUCAGAGCAAUGCUCCUCCAAACUGAUAGAAGAUUCCAGUCAGAGCUUCACGGAGAGAAUGAAUACAGGAAAGACGUCUUUUAUAUACUUUGGAAAUCAUGUCGAUCCAACCUUAAAACUGUUCUUGGAGCAGCUUGAGAUGUCAGCUGAUGCACUACAGGACUAUGGAAUAUCUGUUGUUAAGGUGAACUGUUCUACAGAUGCUAUACCAAACUACUGCACAGGAGAAAAGCUAAUGACCAAAGCAUUCUUGUUCAGAGGCUCUGAGGUUCUGAGGAGUUUUGAAGUCGACACUGUAUUUGACGUCAAUGCAAUUGUUUCCCAUGUCCUUUUCUCUGUCCUCUUCAAUGAGGUCCGUUAUGUGCACACACCUGCUGAGCUGCAGCACGUGGAGAGCACAGCCAAACAAAACAGUGACAUUGUGGUCGGUCACAUACCAGUGCUUGGCCUUCCAGAGCACCGAGCUUUGAUGGAGGCAGCGUUUGUGUAUGGAACCAAAUACCAGUUUGUCCAGACGACUGGCACUUUGGUCCUGAAACAUAUGGGCGUUGUCGAUCCCUCUUCCUCACAAGCGCGGCUGUGGUUUCUGCACUGUAAAGCUGUGUCCAGGCGCUCUGAUCCGUGUCCCAGCUCUCCCAUGAGGAAACCACUCGACACCAUUAACAUCCACACUUUUCUGCAGCUGAUGGAAGCACCUCUAGUGACAGAGGCAGAGCUGGACCCGUCAGAGGUAGAUGUAGUUCACAUGCACCUCGGUGUGCCAGUGCUGUAUCUGUUCUCUCAGCCCCAAACCCACAACUUGGACCUGGAAAGCGCUCAAACUCUCGCCCUGCAGCUCCGCGGGGAGGUCGGGGUAGUGCUCAUUCACAGGGACAGUCCGAACGUGAAAACCACGUCGAAAUACAACGCUGCUUACAGGCUCCCGCGGGAGGAUGUGAAAUAUUUUACCCUGAAAAGCGCCGAAGGGGUCGUGAAACUUUUCAAAGAAGAGCUCUUGCAUGAACGCGGGUUAGAAGACGAAGAGGAAGAUGAGGAACACUGGUCAGAUCUUGAUAUCCUCGAUGACGAGGUGUCUGAGUCUGUGUACAGAGACCGUGAUCUUCUGCUGGAAUUGGAGUCCGUUAUUGAACUCACCUCAGACACUUUUCCAACAACAGUCACGCAGAAUGAUAUUACAGUGGUGCUGUUCUAUUUUAAAUGGGAUGCUGUCUGUAUGGCUUUCAUUCAGUCGUACGUAGAGGUGGCAGAUGCACUUGAAGGUAUGAAUGGGGUAAAGUUGGCGGCAGUGAAUUGUGGAGAAUGGACUGACGUUUGCAGCGAUCAGAACAUCACUUCCUUCCCCACCGUUCUGAUCUACCGGCCCAUGGCUGCUGCUCGGCUCUAUAGGGGCAUGCUGGGAACCAAGAGCCUACACAGGUUCAUACUGCUGAGUCUGGUCUCCAGUCCUUACCAUCUCUCCUCCUCUGCUGAGGUGAUGUCGUUCUUGGAGGGAGCUUUCUACAGAAAACAUAUGUUUCUGACCCCUGUCAGAAUGCUGGGCCUUUUCAGUUCAACACAUGACAUGGGUGUUGCUUCAUUUGAAGAAGCUGCAAGACUCCUCAGAGGAGAGACAGUUAUUGGGCUGUUCGCCCACAAAGAGGCAGAGCAAUGGGUGGAGGGUCUGUCAGUAAACCUGCCUGCUCUACUGGUGUCCCGCGGCCCUGGAGUUCCUUAUGAGGUCUAUACUCUCCCGUCAUCCUCACCAACGGACCAUGUCUCACUUAUGCAACAAGUGGAGCUGGAUCGUUUUCCUGAACUGACCGUGGAGAAUCUUCCCUGGUAUUUGGAUCUUGGGAAACCUUUGCUGCUGCUUUUUAUUGGAAAGGAGGACAGUACAGAGAGUAUGAAGGCUUUAGCUGAGAUAAAGCGGCCGCUGAGCUCUGGAGAGCUAGAUUCCUUCCUGCCAUGUUGGAUCCAUCUAGGUCGGACACCUGUCGGGAGGUCUAUCCUGGAAAAGCAUCUUGGCUUUGUACCUCCACUUCCUGUUUUGGUGAUGUCACGGUUAAAAACUGGAGGAGAGGUGUUCCUUUUCCCCCCAGAGCGCCCCCUCAUGGCUAAGAACAUCCUUCAGUGGAUUCACGAUGUGGAAAAUGGACAGGAACAACCAGCAGGCUUGAUCCCAGAUGGGAAAUGGGACCCUCCUGUGCCAUUCUUUGACUUUCUGGAAAUAAUGGACCAAGAAGCGCCGACUUACGCAGCUCAGAGGGCUCCUAAAAUGAAGACUGGGGACAGGGAAGACCACAGAGAGCGGAAGCAUGCGACCCCAAACCAAAGACAGACCCCACAUCCAUCACCAAACCCCCAAGCACCUCGCCAGCACUCUGAACUAUAAACCCAAGUCCUCUCAUGGCACAGAAGGUUAUGCAAGCAAUUCACAUGACUGCUUGACAUCUGUUAGAUUUCACAUUGCUUGUGACGUUAACGUCGUUUCAGUGCUAUUUGUAGAAAUGUGUGUAUAUCAGAACUUAUUUUUCGCAAAUCAAACAGACUUUUCCAGAAUUAAAUCAAGCUAGUUUACAUUUUAGUGCUGUGACUUUAUAUACACAGAAUGUGAUAUUUAAAACCUGAAAAAGGAUCUACAAGUAUGUAUUUAUUUAUCUAUCCAAAGCAUUUAUGUAAACGUUUUUGAGAUACUUUAUUAUUCUGAUUUCUACAGUGCCUGUUUGGUAACGUUUUUUAUGCAAAUACAGAGCUUCACAUAUGGCUGA